ACCUACGGCUUCCGAAGUAUUAACAGCGUAUUUGACUCAGUGCAAUGAACCUCCGUGGACAUCUUACUUUGUCAAGCAGACUAGUGUUGUAAAUGACCAAUUUGGUAUGUCAAACUUUAACUGGAAGGUUGGAAAAUCUAAUUAUCAAAUAUUAAGGACUGGCUGCUUCCCAUAUAUUAAAUACCAUUGUUCUCGGAGAAAAGCCGAGGACUUAGGAACCUCAGACAAAUUCAUGAAAAUAAUAAAAGUUGUAAAUUUUGGUAUUCCCUGUUUCCUGUAUGGACUAGCAGCAACUCAAUUAAUUAGGCAUAAGGAAAUAGUGCACACUUCGAAGGGACCUGUCACAAUUUAUUUCUUAUUACCAGAGCACAAAGGCUCAUCAUAUUAA